AUCGGCCAUUCUGGGGUCUGUGUAAAGGUGAGUACCGUGUCUCUCGGCGAGCGUUUAUUGCGGGGGAAGCGGCUGGGGAGGGGAGACAAAAGGGUACGACGCUGCGGCUAUUAUAAUUAUUUUUUCCCUUCCUCCUUUUCCUCCUCAUUCCCAAAACACGGCUCCAUCGACAUUUUCCAAUUUCCCCCUAGUAGUUAUUCCAUUUUAUAGGGUUUUAUAGGGUCCCUAUAUUUAAGCAAAAAAGUCGUGGCCACUCAUAGAAGUGGGCAAUUUUAAAAAAAUUAAAUUCAGGAUCAAAACCCUGAGAUAUUUAUUUAUUUUUGGUCAUCUGUUUUUGUCAAAAAAAGGUUUUGACCACUAAAAUAAAUAAAAUAAAAAUAAAACCUUUUGACAAAAACAGAAGACUCCAAAAAAUAAAUAAAUAAAAAUAGCAGGGAAAAAACCUUUUUUAUCAAAACCCUUUGACCACUAAAAAAAUAAAAUAAAAAUAAAAACCUUUUUAAUAAUAAUAGGACUUUUACAAAAAUAAAUAAAGGUUUUCAAACCUUAAUUUUAAAUUUUUAAUAAAUUAGGAACCCUAUAAAACAAAUAACUAUUGCAUGGAAAUUGGGAAACAAGUGACCAAAAAAAACCAACAACCCUGUUUCGUUUUCUACUGAAAGGCAUCUUGUUACUGGGAAUAUUUUUGUUAAUGGUUUAUUUUUCCUUCCUCUUAAUGUUUGAUCAUUCUUUUUAAAAUGAAAAAAAGCCUCUAACUGUGUUUUAUGUCUUUUGUUUUUCCUUCCUUAGGUUUGCUCUGAGUCUUGAGACACACACCGUUCAAGGCAUCGCGAAACAAAGAGAAACAAAGCCCCCACAGUUGAGCCUCCUGAGACGACACACAAAAAAGCCAGCCUUUCAUUCGAUCCGGUCGUCUGUAUUGGGAAGCUGUUUCCAAUUCUUUCUUGGCCUGAGGGAGAGAACAACCGCCACUUAAAAACAUAAAAAAAGCAAACCUAUAUAUUUAUAGCAACAACUUAAACCCUGAUUUAUAACUAUUAUUAUUUUUUAUCAUGCGACUUUUUGUUAAUCGUUGACGGUCAAAAAGUUGCCUUUUUUAAAAACAAAAGAGAGAAAGAUAUGAGCUAGACCAAAUUUAUUGUUUUUUUCUUUAAAAAAACAACAACAACACAGCUUAAUCCAAAACUAAACCUUUUUGAGGCGCUGCCGACGAGAAAAUUAAUUGGAUAAAUUUACCAUCAUGGGCUCCAGACCAAUAGAUCCUAAGGAGCUUUUGAAAGGAUUGGACUGUUUCCUUGGCAAAGAUGGAGACGUCAGAACCCAUGAAGGCAUCACAAAGAUUUUCAACUUAAUGAAAGAUGCCCAAAAAAUGGUCAGCCGCUGCAUCUACCUGAACAUCCUGUUGCAGACCCGAGCACAAGAUAUACUCUCAAAAUUUAUCAAAGUUGGUGGGUACAAGCUUCUCAACACAUGGCUGACUGGCUCCAAAGCAUCCAAUAAUGUGCCCCUUCUCCAGCAGAUUCUGCUCACACUGCAGCAUUUGCCACUUACAGUAGAUCAUCUGAAACAAAACAAUACUGCCAAGCUGGUGAAGCAGCUGAGCAAGUCAAGUGAAGAUGAAGAGCUUCGCAGGCUGGCUUCUGUACUGGUCAGCGAUUGGAUGGGGGUAAUCCGCUCCCAAAGUAGUUCGCAACCUGCAGAGCGAGACAAGAAAAAGCGCAAGGAGGAGAAUAAAAACAAAACACCUGUUCAGGAGAAGCCUCAGGAGGCCAAAUCAGAAGCCAAACCUGAGGAGACACCUGAGAAAAAGAAAGAAAAGCCGAAAUCUCUCCGCACUACAGCACCCAGCCAUGCCAAGUUCCGUUCCACUGGUUUAGAAAUGGAGACUCCAUCACUCAUUCCUGUAAAAAAGAAUACAAGUGCUGCAGUAACCUCGGAUAAAUAUAACUUGAAGCCAAUACCACUAAAGCGACAAAACACAUCAUCCCCUGCUGGUGAGAUCCCACCGGCUGAGAAGAAAUACAAGCCCCUCAACACCACCCCCAAUACUACUAAAGAGAUUAAAGUGAAGAUCAUUCCUCCACAACCUAUGGAAGGCUUGGGCUUCUUAGAUGCCCUAAACUCUGCUCCUGUCCCAGGCAUCAAGAUAAAGAAGAAAAAGAAAGUCCUGUCUCCAACUGCAGCAAAGCCAAGUCCUUUUGAGGGGAAGCCAGUCCCAGAAGCCAGUGCUGCAAAGCCAUCUUCACCAGAACUUACUCCAGUCUCUGAACCCAUGGAUGUGGAUAGACCUGGCACCCCUGUGCCAGCCGUGGAGGUGCCUGAACCAAUGGAUACAAACUCUUCUGAGCAGGGGGGAUUGCUAGAUUCCAAACCAGCUGAGAGCCCAGUGGAUUCUACACAGUUGACCAAGAAGGGCAAGAAGAAAAAGACAGUGAGCUGGCCCGAGGAGAGCAAAUUACGAGAGUACUUUUACUUUGAGCUGGAUGAGACAGAGCGAGUCAAUGUAAACAAGAUCAAGGACUUCGGGGAGGCUGCUAAGCGAGAAAUGCUGAAGGAUCGCCAUGCCUUUGAGACAGCUCGUCGGCUCAGUUAUGAUGCCAUGGAAGAAAAGAUCCCCUGGGUCUACCCAAAGACUAUUGACUUACCUGCUCCACUGGUUCAGCCUGGAAGUGGUAGCCAAGAGAAAUUCACCCAGGCUGAGCGUGAGAAGGGCAUUUUACAGGAACUCUUUCUCUCAAAAGAAAGUGUCCCUGACAGCCCUCAUGAACCUGACCCAGAGUCCUAUGAGCCAGUGCCACCAAAGCUAAUUCCUCUGGACGAGGAAUGCUCCAUGGAUGAGGCCACCUACGAGGAGAGACUCGACCCAGCCACCUCCUCGCAGUCUCCGGACGGAGCUGGGGGCUCCAAGCUGCCCCCGGUCCUAGCCAACCUCAUGGGCAGCAUGGGGGCAGGCAAGAACCCGCAGGGUCCCAACCCCAACUCCAUCAACGUGCAAGAGAUUCUCACAUCCAUCAUGGGUGGCUCAAACAGUCAUAAAACAGAGGAACUGAUGAAACAACCAGAUUAUUCAGACAAGAUCAAGCACCUGCUGGGCAACUUGCAAGGUCAGCCUGGACCAGGUCCUUCAGGAGUUCCACAUGUGCUGCUUGGACAAGGACCUGGUCCAGUACCCAAUGGUUUCCCACCAGGGCCUAAAAAUAUGCAGCAUUUCCCUCCUGGGGGGCCAGGACCCAUGCCUGGGCCACAUGGAGGCCCAGUUGGCCCUAAUAUGCCCCCAGGUCCUGGAGUGCCCAGUGGUCCUCGGAUGAUGGGCCCACCUCCUCCACAGUGUAAUGAUGGAUACUGGGACCCUCCGGAUUCUGGUAUGCGUGGCGGCCCCCAUGGAGGCAUGAGAGGUGGCAGCCCUGGCCCAGGACCUGGCCCUUUCCACCGAGGACGUGGUGGCCGAGGGGGAGAUCCCCCUUUCCGUGGACGAGGUAGCAGCGGACGGAGUGGUGGCCCCCACAAUGGGAGGGGUGGCCCUCCCAACAACAGCAUGGGCGGUGGCCAUGGAGGGGGACACGGCGGCGGUGGCAGCCAUGGAGGGGGACAUGGCGGUGGUGGCGGCCACGGAGGCCACGGAGGAGGGGGCCACCCAGGGGACCACAACAGGGGACAUCCAGGCGGUCAUCCAGGGGACCACAACAGGGGACAUCCAGGCGGUCAUCCAGGGGACCACGGCAGGGGAUAUCCAGGGGACCACGGCAGGGGACAUCCAGGGGACCACGGCAGGGGACAUCCAGGGGACCACGGCAGAGGUCACCCAGGGGACCACGGCUGGGGGCACGGAGGCGGCCAUGGUGGAGACAGGUCAAAGCGUCCCGUUUGCCGUCACUUCACAAUGAAAGGUAGCUGCAGGUACGAAAACAACUGUGCCUUCUACCACCCAGGCGUGAAUGGCCCACCCUUGCCCUAGUACUAGGGAUUCAGGCCCUCUUCCUAUCUCUUCUAACUGUGGUAUCGGUGCACAUUCCCAUAACAUGGACUUGGGGGCUUCAGCUCCACCAUCAGACUCCUGCUGCAUCCACCCUUUUAAUGGCUUCUGUGAGGCCCUUUAAAUGCUUGGGGCAAGGGGAGGCAACUACUCCCUCCUGAUGCAUCUGCUGCUACUUAUGAACUGCCACAUGCUCAAAAAAGGAACCACUGCAUUCUAUAUGUGGGUUGAUGAGGCCACCAAUAACCCGAAAGCACAAGAGACGUGUGGAGGGCUUAAAAUAACAAUUUGUGUAAAUUUCCUUAUGAAGCCAACAAAGGAAGUGUAUAUCUCGGCUCAUAGCCCUGCCCAGGCUCUGGGCUAUAUUCUGCAUGUUCUUAGGAACCAAAUAUGCACUGGAGACUUCUGCUUUGGUCUGGAAGAACAGCUGGCAUCAGCAAGAAAGUGGUUCUUUUAUGUGAGGCAGGGGUGAAGCAACAGCCUGUGGAUCUUUCUUUGGGACCGGAGGUGAAGAAAUCAUCAGCUCCUGUCUAAUGGCCUCCCUGAGGAGAAGGGAAAAUUCCAGCAGCUGCCACUUGCACAAUCUUGACUCAUGGUGUCCCAUCCUCCCCUUUGUAAAAUACCCCCUGCAGUGUUCCCACUGACUGUAGAGAUGUGAUUUCCCUUGGUGCUAAGUCAUAUCAUUGGGGGAAACCUACAACUUGUUUUCUGUGAAAACUGAACCUUGAGUCAAAUGAUUUAGGAGGUAAUUUUUUGUUCUCCUGAUUACAUUGUUGGUUGUGGGUUUUUAAAAAAAAAAAAACUUGUCUCACAAGAUGUGGACUCUUCACUACAUCAUUUGUCUCUCCCUCUCCUUGCAGUGGGUGCAGCACUUCCUCUCCUGAAAAAAAGAAAAUGUCUCCCUCUAUGUUUUGUAUAUUUUGUACAUUAGUAAUAAACAUGGUGGAAAACAGUGAAUUAUCUAA